AUGCAGGCGUCUCAAGCUACAGCCGUUCCUAAGAGCACUUCGCAGAAGUCCAAGUCGAAGAAAACUCGUGUCUCAGAAUCCCAAUCUCGGGUGAACGAGUACCUUGCGGAGGAGGACAAUUUCUACCAAAAGUUCCCCACGUCCUUCAAAGAGGAAGACAGACGCAAGGCCCACGAAGAUCGUGCUAGGAAGGCCGUAAGAGAUGCGGAUCGUUCUUUCCCUCCUGUUAAAUCUUGA